AUGGCAUCAGACCACCAACAGCGUCACGGUGACAGCCGUGGUUCGUCGGCCGGGAUGCCUCAGACGCCGCAACAGCGCGAUUCUCACAACUUGUCUCUAUCGCCGCGCGAUGUUACCCGCGACUCUCUUGUCGCCAACAUGCUAAUGUCGUUGGACCAAUUCUCUCUCGAACAGCAAAAUCAGCACCAGCUUAACCACCGCAGCCAAUGGGACCCCUCGUCCAGCAAUCACAGCCCCGGACCCCAGCACCGCUACCACCAGUUUGAUGGGGCGCCGCCCUGGCUGCCCUCGACGGCACAUACCAACGCCUCUGCUGCUGCAGCCUCCCGCGUCCACGAGAGCAAUUUUCACCAUUAUCGCGGCCACGCUCAUUCGUACAGCUCCGACAUUGACACGGUCGAUACCGUCUCCAAGCUGUCCAGCUCGCCCGGCUCGCCCGGCUCGCACGAAUAUUACACCAGCGCUGCUACUAAUGCCCCUGCUGUCGCUGCCACCACCAACGACCGCACUUCCAACUCGGCUUCGUCCUCGCCAUCUCAGCGUGAAGAGCUCGGCAUUGCCAACAAAAAUCUUCAUGCUGCCCUCUCGAGUACAUCCGACCGUCAGCAACACGGCGAGCACCGCCCACCCACCACACCGCCGAGUCGUGGCGCCCGCCUAAGCAACGCCGUCUGCCGCGACCGUCCAUCGCGCGCCCACCGCCCCCCUAAGCAUCAGCAGGACAGCUAUCACCACUUCCUCACCCAGACAGCCUCAUCUUCGGCUCUGACGUCGUCCCGUCGCGACUCAAAUCGUCUCAGACGCAGCAAGAGCGUCGGCGGCUCCAGUACCCGCAAGCCUGCUGCCGGUGCAGCAGCUGCGGCAGCAGCAGCUGGUGCCAGGACGACAACCUCUGGCUCUCCAGCCAAAUUGUACCCGCCCAUGCCCUCAUCCUUGGCCAUUGACUACGACCUCGACUACCUCAAUCACGAUUACGCCGCAGCGCCCACACCCACGGUCCCGUCCGGCCCCCGUCGCAUCCCCGCUGCUUCUCUUCGUGGCUCCGCCUCCGACCUCGCGCUGCCGCUGCGGUCGCCCGUCACGCCUACUGCCCUUGAGCGCAGACGCAGCUCCUCUCGUUCUCUCUCUCUCAGGAGCGCUUCCGGCAAGAAUAGGCACGCCAUCAACCAGCAGCCACCACCCCCUAUGCCUAACGCCGGGGAAUUUGAGUCGGCCCCGGCGCCCAGCGUCGGCUAUCGUAAGGCAAAGGAAGACCAACAUCGGGCCAAGUCUUCGCAUGCAGCAUGCUCGCGCCACCAGCACUCAGAUCUGUCUCAGCAGCCACCAAGAGAGAAACCUGGCUUCUUUCGCCGGGUUUUUGGCGGUGGAGGCUCCAGAAAUAUGCUGGCAUCAUCAACCGAGCCUCUUCAACAGCCCAACUCGCCACACACUCCAUCCUCGGACUCGCGAAACGAACGACCUCCGAUCGGUAAACAGACGAAAGACCAAUCGAAAUCGGCCUCGACACCGCCGUCCCGAGAUACCUCUUCAUCACACUCGCAGCAGCUCCCGCCUGUACCGCCUCUGCAGAAAAAGACCUCGUCAUUUUUCCGCCGACGUAAGAAGUCGGUUGUGAACGAGGCACCGCCUCUGCCGUCCUACGUCCCGCCCGUGCCCAAUGUGCCAUUGGCAAGCUUGACCAACGAGACGAGCCUGGGAACCGACGACCCAAGCCCCGUCAGCAGCCUGCGCCAAGCAUUGGACCCCUAUCUUCGGAACAGCGCUGGAUCAGGCAAGACUGCUACUGCCUCCAAGGCGACUGCGCUGGCCGACAUUACCAAUACUGUCACGGAAAGCGGCAACGAUGAAGAACCUAGACAAGAAUUUCAACGCGAGUUCUCGCCCGAUUACGAGCCGAGCCCGAACGCCAAAAUUCGCAGCGUAAACAACGACGAUGAAAAUAUUCGCGAUUCUCCAUGCAGGAGUGCAGCCUCUUCAACAACCAAUAAAUUAAAGACGACCGCAAGUCAGACAUUUCUCGAUUUGGAUAAUAAUAGCGAUGACGAACACACGGGUAAAUACGGGGACGGACGUUCCAAGUCGGACCUCUCCGCCUCUGCCCACUCUGAAUCAACGGACGUUUCGCAAAAGGACACGAGCAACGAUGAUACAAUCCGGGCCAGUAAAACGGCGCCCCGCGUCAUGGACCAGUCGAGCCCGGGUACCAGCCGCAGCCGAUCAAACUUGAGGAUUCCCAACGAUGGCCACCGCUCUGCGAGCGCGGGCACAAUGUCGACUGAAACAGAUUAUAAAUCUGCCACCAGCGUAACACCGAGCGUGCGCGUGGAAGACAUGGACGAAAGUGACUCCUCCAAGGGAGCGAGCGCAAUCAAAGCCAUGCAAAGCAAGGCCUUUGACGAGCCGCUGUUUGUGGUGGGCGAGCCGACCGAGGACGACAAGCUCAAGGCCAAGAAGAUUUACGACGGACUGGAGGUUUUCAUCCCAAAGGACAAGGCGGCUGCGUGGAUGGGCGAGGAAGGUCCGGUGCGAAAGCGCACACUGCAAGCGUACAUUGAGCUAUACAGCUUUACCGACCAGAGUAUUCUGUCCGCCUUGCGCAGCGUGUGCGGUCGCCUGAUUCUACGCGCCGAAACCCAACAAGUUGAUCGAAUCUUGGUUGCCUUUUCCAAGAGAUGGUGCGAUUGCAACCCGAAUCACGGCUUCAAAGCCACCGAUGUCGUUCAUACAAUCUGCUAUUCAAUCAUGCUUCUCAACACAGAUCUUCACGUGGCUGACAUUGAGUCAAAGAUGACCCGCAGCCAAUUUGUCAAGAAUACCCUUUCCACAAUCCGACAAGCUCUUCACGAAUCGAACCCCGACGCCUUCCAACGCCCUAGCAUUCUACCUGACAGAAGCACUAUACUGGCUGCCGAAUCGCAAGCGGUCGAGCAAGACCGUUCGACCUUUCGCCAUUCGUUCCGCCCUUGCCCGAGAACAGAUACGCAAUUUGGCGACAGCGGCGAAGAUAGCGGACCUCUAGUUAGGACUGCAUUCACCGGCUCGUUGCGCGCUUGGGAAGAGCAAGUUGAGCAAGUCCUGAAGAGUAUUUACAUCUCUAUCCGUGACGAAAGACUCCCUUUGUUUGGAGCCGAGGACCGCAGCGUCGGGCCGGCUCAGUCGCAAAGCAAUCUGUCCGUCAUGGGCAUGCUUAAACGCACACCCAGUGUUCUAAGCAAGGCGCCCUCCGAAGGCCAAAUGUCGUCGCGUGGACGCAUCACAGAAGGCAGCCGCACAAGCGCCUCGAGAUGGGCUUCAAAGAGCCGUUCUCGCCCUGGAUUGGGAAGAAAUGGCAUGGCAUCCAGCAGGACCAGCUUCGACGACGAUAACUCCUUGUGGAGCCCUGCCCUGUCAUCAGCAACCUGGAGUCGCUACUCUCUUGGACGCACACAAGCAUCCAUGUCGCAGGAUUCCUUUGCGUCGUCGAUGCCUAGAGGUGGUUAUCAGCAGUCGAUUGGGUUUGCUAAUGCGCUGAGCCAGUCUAUUAUCCGCGACGAGGAUUUCAACGGCAGCGAAGCAACCCCGUCCAUCAUUAGUAGCGAUUAUAAUUCUACGCAGCUGCUCGAAGACGAGUCGCUUGAACUAGCUGGCCCACCUUGGAUCAAGGAAGGUAUGCUGGUGCACAAGCACCAUCUCGAUGGUGUAGGCAAGCGAGCCAAGGAUCGCAACUGGUCCGAGGUGUUUGCUGUCGUACAGAAAGGACAGCUCAGCUUGUUCUCCUUUAAUCUUAGCAAGUCGUCCAGACACAAGGCUCGUCUCCGCACAGCGACGGCACCAGUCGGCGGUGGCAAUUGGCAGGACAAUGCCGUUAAUGUCGGCACGUUUAAUCUUCGACUCACUUUGGCCUCGGCACUACCGUCUCCCGGAUACUCGCGCACGCGCCCCUACGUCUGGGCUCUCAGCCUGCCUACCGGUGCUGUUCAUCUAUUUCAAGUCGGCACACCUGAAAUCAUUCGCGAGUUUGUCAACACGGCCAACUACUGGAGCGCAAGACUUAGCACGCACCCUCUGGUCGGUGGUAUCAGCAACGUCGAGUACGGCUGGAGCGAGGCUAUUGUGAACAACGCCCUGGUUGCUGCGAUCAACGAAAAGAGCACUCCUCCCACGACACAGACUGCCGGUGGUGCGGUUCAUGGGCGCAAAGGAAGCACGCAGAGUGCCAGUAUAAAGUCGAUGAGCUUUGAGCACGGCGGCGGCGGUAGCAGCUUCACGCACAACAGCGGCCGCGGCAAGCUCCCUGGUGACCGCGUCCACAUUGCCCCGUGGGCGCCGCCGACGCAGAGCGUACGGCCCAGCAACCUCUGCGAGAGCGAACAGCGGGAAGCCUUGGCAGCGUACGUUAAGAGCAUUGAGGGCGACUUGCAAGCGCAUAAUCAGCUCCGCAGCCCCAUGUUGCUCGCUUUUACGCCGCGCGGCCAAAAUGCGGCCAAGGCCAUGACCAACUGGGAGCGCAAGAGCUCGUACCUGCUGCGCGAGAUUGUCAAGUUUCGCACCUAUGUCGACUGUAUGAACCAGGCAGAGACGCGCAAGCGAGAGGUAUACAAGGAGCGUGACCUGGCGCGGCGCGCGGCCCGUGGGGACAUCAGCGACCCCGAGGAUGAUGAUGACACUGGCGCGAGCACUGUCGAAGACGACGAAGAGGCUAAUGCAACUCUACGACCAGAAUAG